AUGUCGAAAUCUGAUAUGGAGGAGAAAGCGUUUUUAAAGAUUCCGGAGUAUAUGGUUGAGCAGAAUAGACCCUACAGUGCUAAUGAUGUCUACUCGAACCUUCGGCAAGAAUUCAGCAAGGCGUUGGUUGUGAAGGUACUUGAUGCCUCUGUGACUUCGGGAGUUUUGAAGGAGAAAGUGAUAGGAAAGCAGAAGAUUUACUAUACAAAUCAGGACAAUCUCGAAAAAUGUGAUGAGUCUGCUAUCGCCGAGUAUGACGCAAAAGUCGAUAAAUUAAGUGAGAAACUCGCUGCGCUUUCCUCUCGGCAUAAGGAGCUUCAAAAUGAAUUAAAGACGCUGUCUAGUACGGAGACAACUGAAAGGCUGAGUGAACUCACUACUGAAUUGAAAGAGAAGAUCAAACAUUUGAAGGCAGAACUAGCUAAGUGGGAAUCAACUGAUCAAGAUGCAGUUCUUGAGGAGAGCAGGAAAACGAUGGAGUUGGAAGCCAGCCUGUCUAAGAUGCUUGUUAAGCGUAAACGUAUUGCUUUAGAAAUGCUCAAUGCAAUCAGCGAAAAUUCUCCCAUGACGAAACAAGAACUGGUGGAUCGUAUCGGAAUUGAGCUUGAACCUGGAGAAUGGUAA